AUGGCCGAACACAUUGAACCAAACCCCAACCAUGCAGCUUUUACGGAAAAGAACCUCACUGGGACGUCGGUCGAGGCAUCCAGGGCCUACGAAGGAGUCGAUACCGAAAAAGUCCCCAGUCGGACAUCGGCCGAGGCUACAAGAGCUCACGCAGGAGUCGACGUCGCCGAUGUGGUCCAUGUCCAUGCGACGCCUGAGCAAGAGAAGAAAGUGCUCAGAAAGAUCGAUCUCCACAUCAUCCCGAUCAUGGCCACAUGCUAUAUGCUCCAGUACAUGGACAAGGUGACGCUGGGCUACACGACCCAACUGGGGCUACCAACCGACCUGAAACUCCACGGCAGUCAGUAUAGCUGGUGUUCUUCCAUCUUCUACUUUGGAUACAUCUUCUGGAGCUGGCCCAGCGGCUACAUCUCGGUCCGCUUCCCCAUCGGCAAGUACCUGGGCGUGUCGGUGGCUCUGUGGGGGGCGGUGCUCAUGACCCAUGCCGCCACUCGCAGCUUUGGCGGUCUCCUUACCGCCCGGUUUUUCCUGGGUGUCACCGAGGCCGCCGUUGCUCCAGGGUUUUCGCUGAUUACCGGAAUGUUCUACAAAAGGAGGGAGCAACCGUCUAGAAUGUGUCUUUGGUUUCUCGGCAAUGCGGUGGCCAACGUUGUUUCUGGACUGAUCGCGUACGGCAUCGGCAAGAUCCACUCGCCCAUCGAUUCGUGGAAGUUGCUGUUUAUCAUCCUCGGCGCCGUCACUUCGGCGUACGGCAUCUUCCUCGUCUUCGUGCUGCCAGACUCACCAGCGAGAGCGUGGUUCCUGACCACCGAGGAAAGGCGAAUCGCGCUCCACCGCACGCUGGAGAACAAGACGGGCGUCUUGGACGAGGGCACCUUCAAGAUACAGCAGAUGUGGGAGGCCCUGAGAGACCCUCAAGCUUGGUUGCUGGUCGGCUACAGUCUGACUCAGAACAUUCCCAAUGGGGGAUUCAGCUCGUUCAGCAGCAUCAUCAUCAACGGCUUCGGCUUCAGUCACCUCAACACGCUGCUUGUCGGCGCACCCGGCGGCCUACUGCAGAUCUUCGCAUUGGGUUGUAUCUGCCUGGCGGCCAAGUAUGUCAAGAAAAGCCGCAUCAUCACCAUGAUCAUCGUCAUUCUAUUCGCCCUGGUCGGCGUCAUCGUCAUGGUCACUCUGCCAAAAUCGCACAAAUGGGGGAGAUGGGCCGGCAUCUUCCUCCUCGGCCCCUUUGCAAGCAGCAUUCCUGUGUCGCUGAGUCUGAUCACGUCCAAUGUCGGCGGCAUCACCAAAAAGGCCACGGUUUCCGCCAUGCUGUUUAUAGCUUACUGCACCGGCAACAUCAUCGGACCCCAGCUUUUCUUGACCCGAGAAUCUCCCACAUAUCCUACCGGCCUCCGAGGCGUUCUCGUCGGCUUCAGUCUCGCCAUCUUCUUCCUCGUCCUCCUCUACAUCUACUAUACAUUCGAGAAUCGGCGACGAGACCGAAAAUACGGGCCGGCCCCCGAGGGGCCCGACGAGUAUGUCGCAGAAGAGUUGAUCAACCUUACGGACAGACAGAAUCCGGGGUUUAGAUAUACUUUUUAA